GUAGAAAAUAGUAGGGGAGUACCAGUCUUUGUUCUUCGAACAUCUCGAAUCCUCUUCUUCCACCUAAAAAUGGCGUCGAUCCCAUUUGGAUCUCCUUUUACAGAACCCUAGAUUUAGAUUUCCUGUUCUUCGUUCUUCCCUCUUUGUAUAUCUACACUUACAUUCGGAUAUACUUACACGAAGAUGUAUAUGGCAUAUGGAUGGCCGCAGGUGAUUCCAUUGGAAUUACCGAGUUUCCCCUCCACACAGCAGAUCGUCUACCUCAAGGUCGCCAAUCGCUUGGUCCUUGUCGUCUCUCCUUCUCACAUCGAGCUCUGGUCCUCCUCUCAGGUCACACAAGUCAUAGAUUGAGAUUAGGGAAGUAUAAGAGAGACGCAGCUUCGAUUCGGAUACAAGGGGAGAAUUUGCAGGCGGUUUGGAGCCCCGACUCUAAGCUGAUUGCCGUUCUUACAUCUUCAUUUUUUCUACACAUAUUUAAGGUUCAAUUUACGGAAAAGAGGAUACAAAUUGGCGGGAAGCAGCCAACUGGUUUGUCUCUGAUAAAUAUUUCUUUACUUCUCAGUGAGCAAGUUCCCUUUGCAGAUAACAACUUGACUGCGAGCAACAUUAUUUGUGAUAACAAGCACAUGCUAAUUGGACUUUCAGAUGGGUCGCUGUAUAACAUUUCCUGGAAGGGUGAGUUCUAUGGUGCUUUUCAUCUUGAUGUUGGGCUCUUAGGUAGCAAUGAUACUAGUGAACUGUUGCAUUCUUUGGGUAAUGGUCUUGCUUCUGGUGCAACUCAAGGCGUUCUUGCGUCCAACCAUUUCGUCCCACAGAAGUCUGCUGUGAUUCAGCUUGAGUUCUCCAUGCCAUUGAGGUUACUGUUUGUGCUAUUUUCUGAUGGACAACUCAUGUUAUGUUCUAUAAGUAAGAAAGGUCUAAAGCAUGCAGACUCUAUUAAAGCUGAGAGGAGGUUUGCUUCUGGUGAUGUGGUAUGUGCAGCGGUUGCUUCAGAGCAACAGAUUCUUGCUGUUGGCACCCAAAGAGGUGUUAUUGAAUUAUAUGACCUUGCAGACUCUGCUUCACUUAUUCGUACCGUUUCCUUGCAUGAUUGGGGAUAUUCUGUGGAAGAUACGGGUCCUGUCAAUUGUAUUGCAUGGACGCCUGAUAACUCUGCUUUUGCUGUUGGAUGGCAGUUAAGAGGACUUACAGUUUGGUCUGUUUCAGGGUGUCGCUUGAUGUCUACUAUCCGUCAAAUAGGUUUGAGUUCUGCUUCAUCUCCUGUAAUCAAGCCAAACCCUGAUCACAAGUAUGAACCGAUGAUGGGUGGUGCCUCCCUAAUGCAUUGGGAUGAGUUUGGAUAUAGACUUUAUUCAAUUGAGGAAGGAUCUUCUGACAGGAUUAUUGUCUUCUCUUUUGGCAAAUGCUGCCUCAAUAGAGGUGUUUCUGGUACAACCUAUGUACGCCAAGUUAUCUAUGGUGAAGAUCGUUUGCUAGUUGUGCAGUCUGAAGAUACUGAAGAACUCAAAAUCUUGCACCUCAAUAUUCCAGUUUCAUAUAUUUCCCAAAACUGGCCAGUUAUGCACGUGGCUGCUAGCAAGGACGGACUGUACUUAGCGGUUGCUGGUCUUCACGGUUUAAUCCUGUAUGAUAUACGACUGAAAAAGUGGAGAGUGUUUGGAGAUAUUACUCAGGAACAACAGAUACAGUGCAGGGGAUUGCUAUGGCUGGGAAAAAUUGUUGUUGUCUGCAACUAUAUUGAUUCUUCCAACAUGUAAGCACAUAAUUUUUUUUUU